AUGACCGCGACGCCCAGGUACGGGGUGAAGGGCGGCUUCCAAGGACAGGGAACCCCGCGAGGGCGCGGCCAGCGAGAAGAGGGCGGGGUUCCCGGCGGCCGGAGAACCGAGAACAGGCAGCCGCCGCCCGGGAGGGCAAAGCAUCACUGCAGCUGCGGCCGGGGCUGGGGCCGCACAGCGCACGCGCCCAGCGUCCCGGCGCCCCCCGGCGGGCGGAGUCCCGGGCCUCGGCCAGGACUCCCCGCCCCGCUCCUACAAGUCCGCCGCCGCGUCUGCACAAGCGUGGUCCCGUUUGAAGUACCCGCUUCUUUCUUUCCUGGUUUCCUCUCUACUUCUCGGUUCUGUCCUAGUUUGGGCACGAGUAGGGGGCGGGCAACAACUUGGGGCCAGCGGCGUUGGCUGCUCAGCCUCAUGGGGAUAACUCGAGCAGUCGGGUCCCAGGAGGGAGAGAUAUCAGAAGGAGAAAUGAAAACUAGAAUCAUUUCCCCACAAAGUCGAAAGACCCACUCUCAUAAGUCCUUUCUGGGACAGUCGCCCGCAUCUCAGCACAAGCCGGAAGGACCGGGAGAGCGCAACUCGGCGUCUGAGCCUGGCGGCGGAGGCUGGCUGUUUGGAGGGCACCGACGCGAGACUGCGCCCUCGGGGACCCGGCGAGGGGCCAGAGCAAGCCCGCCCUGCUGCUGCGGGGGCCACGCGGGAGAGACCUUCGACACGAGCCUCGGUUUUGUUUCCAUGGAAGAAGAAAUUCACAGACCCUUGAAGCCUGUCUUAUGAAUCCCACGUUAAGCACCUCUACUUCUAGAGAAGAGAAAUGCUACAACCCUGAGGAUGAUGCUUUUAAA